AUGGAUUACUACCCGCCUCCGUGCGAUUUGGAGCUGAUUGUAAACGCCACCAUCGCUGCUUGCGAUCCGCUGGAUGGCCGCGCAGACGGAGUUGUCGCCCGCUCCGACCUGUGCAAGCUGCAUUUCAACUACAGCUCCUUGAUCGGCGCUCCCUACUACUGCGCGGCCAGCUCCGGUGGCAGCAGUCUUGGUCCCGGGUUUAUUAAACGGCAGUCCAUGAGCUCGACCCCGGAGCAGAACGGUACCGUCACCAAAGAAGCAGUCCAAUUGGUUCAGACACUGCUCGCCGGUUUGAAGGACACCCAGGGUCGUCAGGCCUACUUGUACUUCAAACCCGGUGCGGACUUUGACGAUGCUGAAACCACCUACGACUCAGAAACCGGCACCUGGGGCCUCAGUAUUGACGGUAACGGGGGCGAGUUUGUGGCGAAGUUUGUGAACCUGCAGGAAGCGGACACGCUAUCUACUCUCGACAAUGUUACUUAUGACACCAUCCGCGACUGGAUGCAAAUGGGAUGGACAAUGUACGAGGACACCCUGAUGACUCACAACCCCGAUCUCAGCGUUCUUCAGCAAUCCUAUGGUAGGAUUCUGCACUUCCACGGUGAGCAGGACGCCAGUGUGCCCACUGCCUCGUCUGUCCACUACUACGAGGCUGUGCGCAAGAUUAUGUUCCCCAACGAGUCUCUCAACACAAGUGCUGCCGCAGUGUCACGCGUCGCAGAAGCCUAG